CCUCUCUCCUGACCACGCCUGCGAGUAACAACAGUAACUUACCAAGUAUUCGGCUUCGAGCCUAACAACCGCUUCAUCUCUAGCUGCACUCCAGUCCAUUUCCUACCCCAUAAUGCCAACUCUCCGCUUUGGGAAAGCCGCGAUGCUCCAAAGCCCCAAUGCCGCCCCACUGUACUCUAGCAAGUCUCAAUCAAUUAUUCUGUAGCAUGUGGAGAAUAACCCCCUAGCUACAACCUUGGAGGGUUUGGUAAAGGAGUGAAAAGCUUACUUAUAAAGACUGGUUGUCUCGUAUCUUAUCUUUUACCCCGCGCAUCAACAAUAACUCAAAAUCAAACAAACAUUUUUCGAUUAUCAGCAUGACCGUCGUCGUACAGCCUCCUGUUCGGAUUGAUGGCGAAGUGCCAUCUAUUCCUCAUCUCAAUGGCGAUUCUUUGAAAACUAAGGCACCUGCGGUGAAUGGGAAUGGAAUUUCCCCCGCCAUUGCUCACACAAAUGGUUCUCCCAUCACCGCCCACGCAAAUGGCGAUGUGACAGAUCCGUUUUCCCUGAGCCAGCAGUAUGCCUACACUUCAAGGAAGCUGAAAGUCAUAACUAUUGGAGCCGGAUUUUCCGGACUGAUCAUGGCCCAUAAAUUCCAGCACAGGUUUCCGGAGAUGCAAGACAUCAUCGAAAACACCAUUUAUGAGGCUCGUAGCGACAUUGGAGGAACAUGGCUCGUCAAUAACUACCCUGGUGUCCAGUGUGACGUGCCAGCGCACAUCUACGCAUUUCCAUUUGAUCCCAACCCAGACUGGGAUCGAUUCUAUGCUAGCGGUGGAGACAUCCAAGCUUAUAUCAAGAGAACCGUCAAGAAGUGGAACCUUGAUCGCGAUAUCAAGCUAAAUACCAGUGUCACAAGCGCAGUGUGGCAGGACGACCUGGGGAAGUGGAAGCUUACUGUUGAACAUAAGGGUGAGGUUAGGGAAGAGUUCUGUGAUAUUUUGAUAUCCGGCCAAGGUGUUCUUGUCAAAGAAGCAUGGCCGAAGGUUUCUGGUCUAAGUGACUUCAAGGGCCAUGUAACACACUCUGCUGCAUGGGACCAUGACUACGACUAUUCCAACAAGCGCAUUGCAGUAAUUGGCAACGGAUCGUCUGGUAUUCAGAUUGUUCCACAGAUGGCUAAGUUGGCAGGAACAGACGUUAUGAACUUUGUUCGUGGCCCGGCCUGGGUCUACUACCGUGCGCCGCCAUCGGCGCAUCUUGGUAGAGAGACAGCCGAUCCCAAUCCGCAAUUCACAGAAGAGGAGAAGGAACGCUUCCGCGACCCUGAUUAUCAUCACCAAUACCGCAAGGGCAUAAUUACCCGCACAAACAAGUCCUUUGCUCUCUUCAUCAAGGGCGAGAAUAAUAAAAAGACCAUGGAGGUUGCUACGAAGCAGAUGUCAGAAAAGCUCAAGCACGACCCAAGGUUAUGCGAAAUUCUUAUCCCCAAGUGGGAGCUGGGUUGUCGCCGUAUCACGCCAGGCCCAGGAUACCUCGAGUCAUUCACCAAGCCAAACUGCGAUAUCACAAACAGCCCCAUCACCAGUAUCAGUGAGAAGGCAGUUCACACCGCUGAUGGCAAGACAUACGAGUGCGAUGUUGUCAUCUGUGCAACCGGUUUCGACGUCUCCUAUCGCCCACGCUUCCCGCUGAUUGGAAAGAACAGUGUCAACCUUGCCGAACGCUGGGCGGAAGAUCCAGAGUCCUACCUCUCUGUCGCCGCACCGGACUUCCCAAACUACUUGAUGAUGACCGGCCCCAACAGUCUCGGUGGCCAUGGCUCUCUCGUGGAAUCGUUGAACUGGACUGGUGAUUACUUUGUGAAGUGGAUCAAGAAGAUUGCUACUGAGGACAUCAAGUACAUUGAGCCCAAGAAGGAGGUUGUUCAUGCCCUUGUUAAGUAUGCCGAUGAGAUUCACAAGACUUUGGUUUGGACCGGUGGCUGCACGAGUUGGUAUAAGAGGGGACGUGUUGACGGCCGGGUUACAGCACUGUUUGGUGGCAGUGCACAACUCUUCAACCGGUUAAUUCGCGACAUCCGUGCUGAGGACUUCAACAUUGUAUACAAUACCGCGAAUAACUUCAGGUUUAUGGGUAACGGGUUCACCGAAUUUGAGUCGGAUCCAAACAGCGAUUUGGCUUGGUACGUCGAGAAGGCGGAAGAGCUUAAAGAUACUGCCUCGGAAAAGAAGUAGAGGGGCAUUGUUUUAGUAGCUAGAUUGUUCUCUUUGCAUGUUUAGAUAUUCAGUU